UAAUCGGAAAAAAAUCUCUGACAGAGAAGCGCGUUUGGGCCGCCUAAGGUGAGGUUUGCUCUCGCGUUCCUCACCGGCGGCGCCAGGUGUUUAUGGUGUAUACGAGCAAGAGAGUAAACAGAUACGUGAGAGAAGAAGAAGGAACGAAAGAGCGUACAAUGUGCGCGUAAAAUAACCGCUUGAAUUGCACUGUAUCAACAGGUAGAUCGGCGGGUCGGUAUGCGUGGGACGACGUCGUACGCGUGACGUCUCUCAUAGCGCCCGGAUUCGCGAAAGAUGCGAUGCGCGAACGAGCGUCGCGACGAAACGGCACGACGACGACGACGGCGACGAGGAGUUUUAUUAAAGAACGGCGAAUCAGUGGCCGAUCAGCAUCAGGAGAGAACGGCGCUCCGGGUGGACACGCGCGUUCUCUUAAACGUGUUGUUUCGUAGCUGACGCGCACGGGCGGAUUCCGCGCAUACCAACGCCACUGAUCCAGCUUCCCCGCGAGCGGCGCAGCGGCGGCGGCUGCGGCGGCAGCGUCCGGAUCGGGAGAGUGAUUUUUGUGAUCGUCGCUCUCGUCAAUGACACGCGCGGAAUGCGCUGAGCGAGCGCGCGAUCCCACGCUGCGCUAUACGCGCCGACAUUGUUGCGCGUUUAUCUCUGUACCGCUGGCUUUUAAAAAAUCGUUUAAACGCGUCCUGAUGUGAGUGAAACGCGAGUGCAGUGAAUUUUGAAUGCGGCGCAGGGCAAACGCGGAUCGUGGAUCUCAUGACGUCGCGAGAACGACAAAGGAGAGACCAUGGAUUGAUGAAAAUAAAAUAAAAUAUUGCUAAAUAUUCCAAAUGGGUAAUAAAAGCCCAUUAUGGCCCAGUGUCAUCAAUUACAACAUCAGCAUGAAUUUUUGCCCCUGUGUGAUGUACUCUUUAAUAUCAUUUCAUUAGCAUCUUAUUUCUGCGAUGUUGUCUUUGAUUUUGCAAUGGUAUAUGCCCUUGCCCAUCAAGCAAUAGCAUCACCUGUAUUGUUUCCACUAAGUAUCACAUUUAUAGCUGCUUCUCUGUUGAUUUCUCAAAUUGUUAGUUUGCGAUGGUACCUUUGGGGAGCUAGAGGUAAAUUAACAAAUAACAAUGCAUCAAAUGAUUACCAUACAAAUUCGGUAAAUAAGAUUGGCAAAUGGACUAUAGGCUGUGUUUUAUUACUCCAUUCCACUCAAAUUGGUGUACUAUGGAGAUAUUUCAAACUAUUUAUACCAGUCAAUUUAACUUAUGUGAAGCACGAGGUGCGGGAGCUGUGUGUAUUAAGGCUGAUACACGCAUUCUGUGAGGCCGCUCCAAUGCUACUUCUACAGCUAUAUGUCUUGUUUGGCGUUACCGACGAUGGUGAAACAGAAGUCGGGAAACCAAAGGAAAGCGAGAGCAAGGAUGACAGUAAAUUAGCGAAGCUAACGUUAGUGUCGGCAGGGCUUUCCUUGUGGAGUGUGUGUUGGGCAGUGGCCAGUUUUAGCAAAGGCGCUGCGCGUCUACGUAAUUUAGAACGUUUAGUGCUAACAUGGUUGGGAGUACUGGCGCAAUUAUUCUGGCGUUUGGGGACAGUGAGCGCUCGUGUUGGAGUACUAGUCACGUACGCUUCGCUGUACGGAGGACAAGGGCUAUUGAUUGUAAUAGCCCUGCACUGGUUAACAAUGUUGACGUGGUUACUGCUCACACCGGACGGAUUAUUCCACGGUGGCGAGCGUCUUCCCCUUCUUAGAAAGACUUUCCUCGCUUCUCUUCUCGCCUUUGUAUAUAUAUUUGCAUAUGUUAAUCUACACGAGACGAAUCAUCGUCAAAAAAUGGUGAUAUUUUAUACUGUAAUGUUCUUGGAAAAUAGUUUACUCAUUGGCGUAUGGAUGGUUGGUGUUAAUCGCGCUGAUCUUUUAACUCGUCAGCAUCAUCUACAACCAGUUACUCUAGUACUUAUUCUUCUAGCUUUAUUUUCAGGUGGGAUGUUUUUCAUGGGUCUUUAUUACAGAUUUUUUCACGUGAGAAGGUUGAGGUAUGAGUCCGGUGGAAGAAUGACUGGUUCAAAUCUCACUACACUAUCCAAUCAGGACAAUGUGGAAGAGAAGCAAAUAGAUUAUAAUGAGGAGAAGAAAGUCAACAUCAGUAUCAGCAUGAGAAAAGUAAAAUUAAGCAAUGGCGGCAUACCAGGCGUCUUCAAUUGCCGCUUCGCGAACCCAACGGCUGUGAAUCCGAAUCGUAAGAAGAAGAAACCGACCACUUUUGUACCGCCACCGCCGCCGCAAUCGCAAACAGGCACGGUAAUGAAUUCCAUGACGACGGUGACAGAUUCGAAACAGUGGCUCAACGUGGGUAAUGGAUCGCGACAAUUAAUUCCGUUCUGGAGAAAACCUAUGUGCUCUAACGUCAUACAGAACGAUGGUUCCAAUGAACGCAAAGAUAAGACUGAUAUGGCACUCGGUGGUUCGUUAAAUGUCACGUUAAUACGGGAAAAGUUGAAGGAGAAAAAGCAACAGCAGCUACGAGAAUUGCGAGCCAUACAAGAGGAAAUCAAAGAAGGUAAAUUGUUUCCACCUCCGUCCGCUUCUACGUCCUCCUUCUCAUCCUCCCCUUCCGCGUCUAAUCAGCAACCACCGCCGAACACGAAACUGCAUACCUCCCCGAGCUCUCCAUUAUUCACGUCUCCACCAUCAUUUUCCGAACAAAAUGGUACAUUAUCAUCUUGGCCACCCGUGAAAAUGCACUGCCUGUUACCCCCACCACCUUCUUCCUCGUAUUAUCCUAAUCCGCAUUCCUCGAAUUCGUGGAGAGCAAUGCCUCAACGAGAGCGAGCAGACACACCAGAGAUAUUACUAGCGCCGCGAUGUCUUCCGCACCACUAUUCUCAUUGGUCUCCAUCUGGACAUCUUAGUCACAGGUAAUGAAAAAUCUAUCAAAUGCGUUGA